AUGGCCAACAGAAAGAAAUAUUUGCUUCCAGGAUUUCUUAUAUUUGUAUGGGUCCGAUUGGGCACUGAAGGCCAAGAACAGAAUAAAGAACAGACCUGCCGGUUACUAGGCAAGUUUGAUUUGAAUGGGUAUGUAGAGGCCAAAGACCAUACACUUGUUAUUGGAGGAGUGUUUCCUGUUCACUCCAGGACCAUCCCAGCAAAUGAGUCUAUCCUGGAGCCGGUAUCAGCAAAAUGUGAAGGGUUUAACUUUCGGGGAUUCCGCUGGCUGAAAGCCAUGAUCCACACGCUCAAAGAGAUUAACAAGAGGAAGGAUAUUUUGCCCAACAUCACUUUGGGCUAUCAGAUCUUUGAUAGCUGUUACACCAUCUCCAAAGCAAUGGAAUCGGCUUUGGUUUUCCUUACAGGGCAGGAAGAAACCAAGCCCAAUUUCAGAAACAGUACCGGAGUCUAUCUGGCAGGAAUUGUUGGGUCAGGUGGAUCGUCCUUAUCAGUUGCUGCUUCCAGAGUUCUAGGGUUGUAUUAUAUACCGCAGGUGGGCUAUGCCUCUACCACCUCACUUCUUAGUGACAAAUACCAGUUUCCUUCUUAUCUUCGAGUAAUUCCCAGUGAUACGUUCCAGUCUGACGCCAUGGUAGCCCUUAUACGACAUUUUAAGUGGGUCUGGAUAGGUGCUAUCGCAGGUGAUGAUGAUUAUGGAAAAUACGGAAUAAAGCUUUUCAAGGAAAAAGCAGAGAUUGCCAACCUCUGCAUCGCAUUCUCUGAAACCAUUCCCAAAGUCUAUUCCAAUGAGAAGAUGCAGAAAGCCGUUGAUGCCAUAAAGAGUUCCACUGCCAGAGUCAUCGUGCUCUUUGCAUCUGACAUUGACCUCAGUCCUUUUGUGCUGGAAAUGGUUUACCACAACAUAACCGACAGAACGUGGAUAGCGAGCGAAGCCUGGGUUACGUCAGCCCUCAUUGCGAAUCCUCAGUAUUUCCCAUAUUUCGGUGGCACCAUUGGCUUCGGAGUACCACGAGCUGAUAUACCAGGCUUUAAAGAAUUUCUUUACGACAUCCAUCCUAGCAAGGAUCCAAAUGAUGUCCUGACCAUUGAAUUCUGGCAAACCGCUUUUAACUGCACCUGGCCCAAUAGUAGUGUCCCAUACAAUGUUGACCAUAGAGUGAAUAUGACUGGCAAAGAAGACAGACUAUAUGCCAUGUCCGAUAAAUUCUGUACUGGGCAGGAGAAGUUGGAAGACCUUAAAAAUACCUAUCUGGAUGUGUCUCAGUUACGAAUUACAAACAACGUCAGACAAGCUGUGUACUCCAUGGCUAUCGCCCUGGAUCGUCUAAGCAGAUGUGAAGAAGGACGUGGGCCAUAUAUUCCAGGAAACACCUGUGCCUACAUACCUGACUUUGAGCCUUGGCAGCUAAUGUUCUAUAUGAAGACACUCAAGUUUACAACCCAAGGUGGAGUGAGAAUAGAGAUAGAUGAAAAUGGAGAUGUGACCGGAUACUAUGAUGUUCUAAAUUGGCAAUUAGGUGACAAUGGAGAUAUUACCUUUGUGAAAAUUGGAGAAUAUAUAUUCACAAAAUCUAAGUUUCAACUUGUGAUGAAAGAGAAUGUGACAGUCUUUUGGAAUACUGAAACAAAAGAGUGUCCCCUGUCAGUGUGCACUCACGAGUGUCUGCCUGGGACGCGGAAGGGAAUUCGUCAGGGGGAACCGGUCUGCUGCUUUGACUGUAUCCAGUGUGCUGAAGGACACGUAACACGGGAACCAGGUCAAAGGGACUGUGAGCCAUGUGAUGAAGAUCAUUGGUCAAAUGAACAAAGGAGUGAGUGUGUGCUGAAAGAGGUAGAAUUCCUUUCUUAUGAGGAGGCCCUGGGAUUCACACUUGUCAUUCUUUCCAUCUUUGGGGCACUCGUGGCUGUAGGGGUCAUAGUUGUGUAUGCGAUACACAGGAACACUCCCUUGGUGAUGGCCAACGGCCGGGAGUUGAGCUUUAUCAUUCAGGUUUCUUUCAUCAUCACACUGCUGUCAUCCAUGCUUUUCAUUGGCAAGCCAUGCAAUUGGUCCUGCAUGGCCCGUCAGAUCACUCUGGCACUGGGUUUUUCACUUUGUUUAUCCUGCAUUCUUGGAAAGACUAUUUCCCUGUUUUUAGCCUAUAGAAUUUCCAAGUCCAAAACCCGAUUUAUAUCCAUGCGCCCCCUUUAUCGAAAAAUCAUUGUCCUAAUCUCUGUUCUAAUUGAGAUUGGCAUAUGCAUAGCCUACUUGUUGUUGAAACCCCCAAGGGUAUACAAGAAUAUGGAAUCUCAAAAUACGAAGAUCUUUCUGGAAUGCAUUGAAGGCUCUAUAGAAUUUCUGUGCUCAGUGUUUGGGUUUGAUGUUUUCCUGGCCUUGCUUUGCUUUCUUACGACUUUUGUAGCUCGCAAGUUGCCGGAUAAUUACUAUGAAGGAAAAUGCAUCACCUUUGGGAUGCUGGUCUUCUUCAUUGUCUGGAUCUCCUUUGUCCCUGCUUACUUGAGCACCAAAGGCAAGUUCAAGGUGGCCGUGGAAAUAUUUGCAAUCUUGGCAUCCAGCUAUGGUUUGCUGGGCUGUCUAUUUGCUCCCAAGUGCUUCAUUAUUUUGCUGAGGCCAAAAAAGAACACCAAUGAGACUGUUGGUGGAAGAGUCCCUACUAUAGAUAGAAGUAUCCAGCUGACUUCAGCUUCUGUGAGCAGUGAGCUCAACAAUACAACAGUGUCCACGGUUCUGGAUGACUAG